AGUGGGAAUGACCUUUAGAUCUUUCUGAAAAAGUAAUGCUAUCAUAAGUAUGAGCGCUCAGUAAGUCGUAAACAUGCAUCGCCUAAAUAUUGUGCUUUUUGGAGCUACGGGUUAUACUGGUCGUGCUACGAUUCCCGCUUUAUAUAAACUUACAAAAAAGGGUGCAACCAACUUGACAUGGGGGGUCGCUGGCAGGUCGCGCGAAAAACUUGAAAAAGUUUUGCAGGACGCGAGUACUGAAUUAAGCACUAGUUUAAGCCAUAUACCAAUAAUAAUCGCCGAUGUCAACAAUGAAGCAUCUUUAAACGAAAUGGCUGCUAAGUCGCAGGUUAUUAUAAAUGUUUGCGGCCCCUUUAGGUUUUAUGGCGAAGCGAUUGUCAAAGCCUGUAUUGCCAACGGAACACAUCACUUGGACAUUAGUGGCGAGCCGCAAUUCAUCGAAACAAUCCAACUGAAAUAUGCGGAAGCAGCCGCUGCAAAUAAAUCCUACAUCAUCAGUUCCUGCGGAUUUGAUAGCAUACCUGCUGAUUUGGGCGUUGUUUUCCUCCAGGAACAGUUUAAGGGAGUAUUAGACUCAGUUGAAGCGCAUUUACAAACAUCUUCCGGUAGUAAAUCACGACAAGGUCCUUUCUUUAACUAUGCAACAUGGGAAUCCGCGGUUAACGGGAUGAAUGACUACGCGAAUUUGAAACUGAUUAGGCAAAAACUGAAUGAAAAAAGGAGCAAAGUUCCACCUAAACGCAGUGAUAAAAAGAAAACUAUUUUUAAAAAUCAGAUAACUGGACAAUGGAGUUUACCGUUCCCAGGCGCUGAUACUUCGGUUGUAAAGCGCUCCCAACAAUAUUUCUAUGAAGAACAAAACAAACAACCAAUUAAAUUUGAUAUGUACUUUUGCGUUGAUUCUAUAUCUUCAGUUAUUAGCAGCUUGUUUCUUUAUAUGACUCUAUCUACGUUGUCGCGGAGUGAAUUUGGCAAAAAGUUACUAUUGAAGCAUCCAAAAUUAUUCUCAUUUGGAGUAUUCAGUCAUGAUGCUCCUAUUGACGAAGAAAGAAAGGAAUCCAAGGCAACAAUAUUCAUGAAAGGAAAUGGCUGCCUUGAUAUAAAUUCUAAAAAGUAUUCAAAUAAACCGAAGGAUCUUAUUAUAAGCCGAAUUGCCGCUCAGGAUCCAGCCUAUGGAAACACUGGCACUAUUGUGACUCUUGCAGCAAUUACUUUAUUGGAAGAAAGUGAUAAAUUACCAAAUAAUGGUAAUGGUGGUGUAUUUACACCUGCAGCUGCAUUUUCUAGGACGACAUUAAUUCAAAGGCUCAACACUAACGGGAUUACUUUUAAGAUUGUAUCAAAGUAUUAAAUUUUAUUUCUAAUUUCUAA